UCCCUUCACUCCACUCUCUCUCUCUCUCUCUCUCUCUCUCCUCCCAAAAUGACUUCUCUCUCACUGACCCUCGCUUUCUCUCUCCUCGCAUUCUCCUUGUUCUCUCUCUCCUCCGCCCGCGUCCCCGGCGUCUCCUGGCAGUCCGCCCACGCCACCUUCUACGGCGGCAGCGACGCCUCCGGCACAAUGGGAGGGGCUUGUGGGUACGGGAACCUCUACAGCCAAGGCUACGGCGUCGAGACGGCGGCGUUGAGCACGGCGUUAUUCAACGAGGGGCUGAGCUGUGGGGCCUGCUUCGAGAUCAAGUGUGAUAACGACCCCAGGUGGUGCCACGCUGGCAGCCCGUCCAUUUUUAUAACGGCGACUAAUUUCUGCCCGCCCAACUUCGCUGCUGCGCGGUCGGAUAACGGGUGGUGUGAACCGCCGCCGCGGCCACAUUUCGAGACCUUCGCGAUGCCCGUGUUUCUCAAGAUCGCCGAGUACCGCGCUGGUAUUGUCCCCGUUUCUUACCGGAGGGUCCCAUGCAGAAAACGUGGUGGGGUCCACUUCACGAUCAACGGCUUCAGGUACUUCAACCUCGUCCUCGACGCUGGCGACAUCGUAAAGGUCUACAUCAAGGGCACGAAAACUGGGUGGAUGCCGAUGUCUCGGAACUGGGGGCAAAAUUGGCAGUCCAACGCGGUUUUGGUGGGCCAGGCCCUCUCCUUCAGGGUGACCGGCAGCGACCACCGCACCUCCACCUCUUGGAACAUCGCCCCCGCCAGCUGGCGGUUCGGGCAGACCUUUGCCGGUAAAAACUUCAGGGUGUAGUCCGCGGGUGCAGUUUUUGGUGCCCUCGCCAUUGUGUCCUCUUCUUUUUUUUUAUGUAGGGGUAUGUUGGUAA